CUGAAAAGUGGUAUUCAAAAUAUAUUUAAGGUUGGUGAAGGGGGGGGGGGAGAGAGGAAAGAAACCCCUCACGAGUCUAUGUUAAAUAUUUGCGCACGUGGAACGCAGUUUUCAAGUCAUUGGACUGAGCUCCUCUACUUAAUUUUUCCCAAUUCGAGCACUGAUGUAUACUAAUGAUUAGUAUACACAUUGGAAUUUUUAUCAACUUUUAACUACCAAAAUAGGCAGAUUUUGUGAUUUUUAUCUACAUUUCUAAUUUAAACGUUUAUUUUUAAAAACUGUGCUGCAGAUUUUUGAAAUUUUUUCACAUGAGUAUAGAAAAUGUGUGAAAACCAUUGUAAUAAAAUUUUAAAAUUUUAUGGCCAACCAAUAUUUUUUUAUUGACGUUAUACGAAAAAAAAUAGAAUAGCGAAGAAACGAUUGAGGCGAAAUGUACUAGACCCUAAUUCAACUGCACUGGUUCAUGGAAAAUCUAUGGACGCCACUGUACACUACGGUACAGUGGUCCAUUGGACUAAGCAUGAAAUCAAGGGGGGUCUAUGGAGGCUGAAGCUCACCCCCUUAGACAUUAGGUAGAACCAUAUCGAACGUAGGUACUAAAAAUAUUCAAAAAAUUAGACGUAUGAAAGACUUCGUACAUACGUAACGAAUUAUGGCAGUAACUCACUUUUCUAGCCCUCCACCUUUUUUAAUUUCGAGAUCCGCAUCUGUAUGGGACUCUAAAUACUAAGCCGUGAACUCAUCGGUGACAAUGUCUUCAAAAAUGAAGAGUGCUGUUAAUAAGUAUUUACAUGGUUUCAUAAGUAUAAUACUCACCAUAGACUUAAAUAAUUAUAUUUUAUUUGUAAACAAUUUUUAGAUAUUAAAACUAUCAGUUUAAUGUUAUAACAAUCUAAUAAAAAAUGUAAUACCAGUUUACAUCAAAUGUAAUUUCUGAUAUAAUUUUAUAUUUGCAGCUAUAAAAGAAUUUAAAUUUAAAUCUGUUUGUGGUCGCGUAGAAACGUAUUGCAAUGUUUAAGUAGGUACCGAAUUAACUAAUAAAUACUAAUAUAUCAACGCAACUCUGUUUACAAUUUUCAUUAAAUACAAUUUUAAAUUACAAGUGAUUUUGAAAUAAUGGAUAGCAUUAAACAGUAUUUUAUUCCAUCUAUGGAGAAUAAUGUCGAUGAAACAGUUGACGGAAAUGAUGCAAUCGAUGUUAACAUGAUUUGCAUUGAACCUCAACAAAAAGUUGAAAAUGAAAUCACUCAAUCACGUUUUAUGUCAAUAAAUGAGUUGGAUGUAGAAAAUUCAAACGCACAUUUUAUACGCAAAAUACAAAGAUUAGAAGAAGAAAAUGACCAUUUAUUAUCAAUCAUUGAACAAAAAAAUGUCAUGAUCAGUGAAAUUCAAAAAUCUAGCUGUAAUGAUAAGCCAGAUUUCGCAGCUAAAAAGAUAUUAUUACUAACUGAUAGAGUAAAAGAACUUACGUUGGAAUUACAGUCCAUAAAAUCAUCUACAUGUGGUGAUGAUAAAAGAAAUAAAGAUUAUACAAUAAAAAUAAAAGAGUUAACAGAUAAAUUGUGUCAGUCGAAUAAAAAUAAUUUUCAUUAUCGUAACCAGAUAAUGCAAUUAAAAAAUGAUUUACAAGUGACAAAAAAUGCAUUGUCUAAUGAAAUCGGAGACUCCACUAUUAUGCAGGCUGUUUUAUCUAGCACGGGUUCCUCAAAUUAUAGAGGACGAGCACAACAUAUACUGAUAUUACAGAAAAAAGUGAACGAAUUACAAGAGAAAUUAAACAAAGUUCGAGGAGAAUCUAAUGACUCAAUAAAACAAGAUGCUGAAAACUCAAAUGUAAUUAUCAGAGAAUUAGAGAAAGCACGCAAAGAGAUCACAGACAAAGCAUUAAAGGACACUCAAUCAAAAGUCAAUGAGUUGACCAAGUCAGUAAAUGUCUUAAAAAAUCGUAACAAAGCAUUAGAAGUAGAGAUAUCCGUUUUAAGAAUUCAAAUACAAAAAUUAAUGUCAAAAGCUGAAGUGGAUAGUGGAACUAUAGAACAGUUAAAAAUUGAGUCUGUUAAUAACACAAAUCAGUUAAAAACUAAAGGUUCCUUAUUAAAACUGGAAAAAUCAAUUGUAUUACUUCAAUCAAAAGCUGAUAAAGCACAACAGAUAAUCGAUCAACAAACAGCUUAUUUAAAAGAAAAAGAUAUAAAAAUAGCUCAUUUAGAAUCUAAACUAAAAGAUUGUAAUGAAAAUGAAAUAAUAUCAAAUCAUCAGAUGUGUAAAAUAGAUUUUUCAGAUCCAACAGAAAGUAUUAUUAAGAAAUUUAAAAAACUUGAAAAUCAACAAUUAAUCGACCUAUUAUGUAAUGCUCAUACUGAGAUUUGUAAACAAGUUAAAAUUGUUGGCGAUUUUAGAGGUAAAUUCUUUAUGGAAAAACAAAAAUUACAAAAACUCGAGUCCAAGAUUAAACUUUAUGGUUCAUCUACAUCUUCCAAACAAAAACCAAAUAAUAUCCCAUACCGUUUGAAUAAUGAAUUAAGUCCAAAUGAAAAACUAACUGAAUUACAAAAUAAAAUGGAACUGGCCGAAGAAGAACAUUCUGCUUUAAAAAUUAGCUUUGAUACUCAGAUAAUGAUCAAUGAAGAAAAUGUACAUCGCUUUGUCAAAGCAUUAAAUAAUAUAAAAGAACAGUUAUUAAUCAAAUGAAAUAUAUCACAAAAGCAUUUGAUUAUUAUCUCAGCUUUUAGUUCAGUCAGUCAAAUAAUCUGGAUACAGAACAUCAGUAAUCAUAUGAAUGAAGCAUUGUCUAAAGAAAUCGGAGACUCCACUAUUAUGCAAGCAGUUUUAUCUGGCACGGCUUCUUCAAAUUUUAGAGGAUGUGCAUAAAAAGUACUGAUGUUACAGCAAAAAGUGAAUAAAUUACAACAAAAACUAAACAAAGCUCAAUAAUAACCUAAUGACUCAAAAAACCAAGAUUCUUAAUUUUCUAUUAACAAUAUAUAUUAUUGUUACAAAUAUUUACAGUUUUUUAUUAUUAAUAUACUAACUACAAUAGGUGUUUUGUAAUUAUCAGACAAAUGGAGAAAGCACGUAAAUGGAUUUCUGACAAAGCAUUAAAGAUUACAUCUAAUGACUUGGUCAACUCAUUAACUUUUGACUGAGUGUCCUUUAAUGCUUUGUCUGUAAUCUCUUUGCGUGCUUUCUACAUUUGUCUUAUAAUUACAAAACACUUAUCGUAGUUAGUAUAUUAAUUAUAAAAAACUGUAUAUAUUUGUAACAAUAAUAUAUAUUGUUAAUAGAAAAUUAUGUAGGUACCAUUUGAGUGUUUAACAUCUUGUUUUAUUGAGUCAUUAGAUUCUCCUCGAACUUUGUUUAAUUUCUCUUGUAAUUCGUUCACUUUUCGCUGUAAUAUCAGUAUUUGUUGUGCACGUCCUCUAAAAAUUUGAAAGGACACUCAGUCAAAAGAUAAUGAGUUGACCAAGUCAUUGGAUGUAUGGAAAAGUCGUAGCAAAGCAUUAGAUGUAGAAAUGACAGUUUUAAGAGUUCAAAUACAAAAAUUAUUGUCUUACACUGAACUGGACAGUAAAACUAUUGAACAAUUGAAAGUAUUGACUAAUACAUUUCUAUUUAUUUUUAUCAAUCCAAUGUAAAUCUAAUAUAUAAUAUUUCGAUUGUUUCAUUAUUUUUAGAUAAUAAUUUUAGAGAAAAACGCGGUAGAACUUAG